ACCCUUCACCUUAACCACGUCUACUCUGCCGGAAGAGCUGUGACGCACAGCGUGACGUCACCGCGCUUCAAACUUUAGACCCGGGAAAACGGAUUCGGUCGAUCGAAACCAGAACCAACAAGAACCGUUUGAACCUGUCCGACAUGGUCCAGGAGUUUCACGUCGUCAGGUGUUUUUCCUGUCAGAGCUUCCAGGUUCAACAGGUAAAGAAGGUGAGCAGGUGGACGUGUAAGGUCUGCGGACACAAACAGUCUCUGCUGAAGGAGUUUGGGCGGGGCUCCGGGGCCGACUGUAGACGCCAUGUUCAGAAACUGAACGCCAUGAGAGGAGCCAAGAUGGAUGAACAGGAGCGUGACACCUGGUCGCUAUGGGAGCAGGCUGAGGCAGAAAGAGAGGACAGACCUGAAGAACAGGACAACACCCAGGUGACACAGACUCAGGUGAGCUGCUGGAGCAAAUACCUGGACACACCCGAGAAGGCGGAGCCAGAGGAGGAGGAUGUUUUGACGGACAAACAGCUCCAUGGAAACCAGAAGAUUGACAGCAGGAAGAGGAAGAGACCAGGAGGACAGACAGACGGAGGACAGGAGAGCUGGAUACCUGGACAGUUCUGUCUACAGACAAAUGGACCCAGAACCAGUCUGAACCGGUCCAGUCCUCCGCGUCUGUUGACCAGUCAGGUCAGCCGCUGGGCUCAGUUCUUCAGUACCGAUGGACAGGUGAAGAAGGGGGAGGAGCCUUCAGUCUGUGGGUGGAGUCAGGUCCCGCCUCUCUCCAGACCCCGCCCAUCACUUCCUGUUUCCUCCAUGUUUCAGAGUGGGGAGGAGUUUGACUUCAACAACGACUUCCUGAAAUCAGCUGAGCGUUUCUGACCAGCUGAUCAAUCAACCAGUUGAUCAGAUUAAUUAAUUCUGUUUAGUUAAUAAAUUAUUUUAAUCAUUA